AUGGUGAGUUCGAAAUCAUAUUUUUAAUCAAAUGAAAUUACUGUAGAUUUGUUUUUUUCAGUUACUUUCUCGACUUCGAUCAAAUAGAAAAAAGUCAAAUGCAGCUUCAUCAUCGCAGCCUCGAAAAGUUCAAAAAAUGCCAGAACUAGAGGAAUUUCUUAUGAAAAAGGAUUAUCAAGGUGCAAUUUCAUUGCUUGAGGUGAGUUUUCUUUUGUAAAGGAAUGUGAUCCCCUAUACUCUUUUUAAAAAAUGAUAUUUAGAAACAUGAAAAACUUUCUUGAAAAUUUGUGUUCAAAUGAAAAAAUUGUUUAACUUCAGUUCAAAGCGAAAGAAUCGCCAGAAUGGGACGAGGCUCGAUCACUUUGGUUGGGUCAUUGUUACUUUCAUGCAGGUGAAUAUCGAAAAGCUGCUGAUAUUUAUGAACCAAUGUUGGAACGUGAAGAGUGUCCACCUGAUGCUUCCCUUUUUCUUGGAUGCUGUUAUUUUUUCUUGGGAAUGUAUCCAGAAGCGAGAGCAACAGCUGAGAAAGGUUAGUUUUCCAAUGAAAUUUAGAAAAAAAGUCAAUUUUAUAAUUUCAUAUAUUUUUAGCACCAAAAUCCCCGUUGUUUGUCCGACUAAUGUUCCAUUUGGCACAUAAAACUGGAGAUGAAAAAAGAUUGAUGACAUUCCAUCAACAACUCAGCGAAAAUUUAGAAGAUCAGUUAUCCCUCGCAAGUAUUCAUUAUUUAAGAAUGCAUUAUGCUGAUGCUGUUGAGGUUUAUAAGAAUAUUCUAACAUCACAGCCAUCAUUGAUUGCUUUGAAUGUUUAUAUGGCAAUGUGUUAUUACAAAAUGGAUUAUUUCGAUGUGGCACAGGUUAAAAAAAUUAGUAUUAGUGAAAAAACAAUGAAAUCGAUUUUAUUCUAGGAUGUUCUUGCUGUCUAUCUUCAAGCGUUUCCGGAAAGUCCAGCAGCUCAAAAUCUUGCAGCAUGUAUAAGAUAUAAAAGUUGGUCUGGAAAAUCAGCGUUACCUGGUGUCGAAAAUCUCAUGAAAACAAAUUUAUAUCCGUCAGCUCGUGAAAUUAUUCGACAUAAUCAAGUUGUUUUUAAUUGUGGUGAUGGAGCUCUUCAAGUUUGGCCAAGUAUGAUGAAUACGAUACCUGAAGCUAGAUUAAACAUGAUAGUUCAUUAUUUGAAAAAAAGAUCAAGUUAAUGAUGCAAUGUCUCUUUGUAAUGAAUUAGAACCUCAUCUUCCAUAUGAGUUUCUUGUCAAAGCAAUAACUUUUACACUUCAUGGAUAUAUCAAGGAAUCAAAAGAUCAUUUGAAAACUGCUGAACAAUUUUUUAAAAUGGUUGGUGAAUCAACUGCAGAAUGUGAUACAAUUCCUGGCCGAUUAAGUAUGGCAUCUUCAUUAUUUCUUCAACAAAAAUAUGACGAAGUGAUUGUUUAUUUGGAUUCAGUUCGAGAAUAUCAUCAAGAAAGUGAUGUUUAUCUUUUGAAUAUUGCCCAAGCUCGAUUAGCUUGUCGACAUUAUAAAGAAGCUGAAGAAGCAUUUCUACGUGUUACUGGACCAGAAAGAGAUCAACCAUUGUACAAAUUUAUGUUGGCAAGAUCAUGUUAGUUUAGUUUUUAAAAACCUUUUCAAAAUUGAUAUAAAUUUUCAGUUAUUUACAACCAAAAGCCACAUUAUGCUUGGGAUAUAAUGACUAAAACACGAAAUACAAAAGAUGCAGCAAGUCUUAUGAAAUUGAUUGCUCAUGAUUGCUACAAAGCUGGAGAAUACUAUUAUUCAGUCAAAGCUUUCGCACAACUUGAAAAAUCAGAUCCUUCUCCAGAAAAUUGGCAAGGUAAAAGAGGAGCAACUGCAGGACUUUUCAGAUUAUUUGUUCAUGGAAAAGCACCAAAGUGAGUUGAUUACUGUAGUUGAGUUUUUGAAUCAUUAUUUUUUUCCAGAGAACAAAUGGCUGAAGCUUUGGGAUAUGUUGCCCAAACUCAUCACUCACAUGCAGAAUUUCUAUCUUACGUCAUCAAAAACUGGGCAAAAUCGCAUUCUAUAAAUUUUGAUAAAUGA